AUGCCGCUGGAUUCAAGUUUAGCGAGUAAAAACUAUGACCUGGACUACGACUCCCUGCAGCCGUAUUUCUACUCUGACAAUGAGGAUGACGCGGUGAACCAGAGCAUCGUCUGCGUCGCUGACUCCAUCAUCAUCCAGGACUGCAUGUGGAGCGGCUUCUCCUUGGUUUUCCCGUGUCCGAAGCAGGGCGCAGGGACGCCGCCGAGCAAGGACCUGGAUCCGGACACGCCGCCCAACAGCAGCAGCUGUAGUGAAUCAGAGGAUGAAAAUGGAGACGAGGAUCAUGAUGAGGAGGAAGAGGCGGACCAGGAGGAAGAGGAGGGGAUUGACGUGGUCCCAGUGGAGAAGAGGCAGGCGGUGAAACGGUGCUACCCAAGUCCGCUGGAGACAAGGCCCCCCAGCCCGCUCGUGCUGAAGAGGUUUGACGUCUCCACCCACAAGCAUGAUUACACUGCCCAUCCAUCCAUGAGGCAGAAGCAGCCGGCUGUCAGGAGGCUGAAGCUGGAGAGCAGCAGCAGCAGCAGCAGCAGCAGCAGCAGCAGCAGUGGUGGAGGAGGAGGUGGAGGCAGCGGCGGCCACAGCAGGGUCCUCAAACAGACCAGCAGCAUCCGCAAGUGUCUGAGCCCCCGGACGUCAGACACCGAGGACAAUGACAAGAGAAGGAUUGGAGGAGCCUUUCGGGAGCGCCAGAGGAGGCUGAAGCUCAAGUUGAGCCUUGUCGCGCUGCGCGACGAGAUCCCCGAGGUGGCCAACAACAAGAAGGCGGCGAAGGCGGUGAUCCUGAAGAAGGCGACAGAGUGUAUCUACAGCAUGCAGUCAGACGAGCAGAGACUCCUCACACACAAAGAGCAGCUGCGGAGGAGAAGUGAACUUUUAAAGCAGAGACUGGCACAGAUGCAGGGCUGCCAUGCUUGAAGUCUGAAUCAAGACUUUUUGGCCUUUUGUUUUAUAGGCAAGUUCAAGACUUGGGGGGUGUACAGUUCUUG